AUGGAAGAGGAAAUGAAUGAAGUAGUAAGAUAAUUUAAACCAAAAUUCAGAUCGAUUCACAAAACAUAGAUUGAAGAUGAUUUAAGUGAAAAUACUGCAAGUUCAUUACAUUAAAUUGAACUAUUAAGAACUGUUAUUACAAAAAAUGUAUUUAACAUUGUAAGAAUACAAACCAUUGAUGAUAGAUGGAUUGGUAUUUAAUUGAGAGAUCAUUACGUAACUUGUGGAUGGUUACUUUCUGAAGUUAUAAGAAAAUUAAGUUAAUUAAGAUUAAAUUAUGAUCCAGGUGAGAUUGUUGGAUUUAAGACAAAUAAUAUUCAUUUGGAUUAUCAUUUAAGUUGUUUGCAUUAUAAUUUACCUAAUUUGAAUGGAGUUCUUCUUAUUCCUUAAAUUCGUUAACAAUUAAAAGAACCAAUUAAUCUUGAUUGGUUUGAAAUAAUUAAGAAAUUAGCAGCUGGUGGUUUUUCAGUAGUUUAUUUAGUAAAGAAUAAAGAGAAUGGAUAAUUUUAUGCUAUGAAAGUAAUUGACAAACGAUUAAUGAUUGAAAGAGACAAAGAAGAAAUGGUAUUUAAUGAAAGAUAAAUCUUAACAAGAUUAAAUCAUAAAAGAAUAAUCAAUUUAUAUUGUGCAUUCUAGUCAGUAAUUCAUAUUUAAUUAUCAAAAGAAAUCUAAAUUAUAUUUUGUAUUUGAUUAUUGUCCAGGUGGAGAACUAUAUUAUCAUUUAAGAAAAUAAAAACGAUUUAAUGAAGAACAAGCUAAAUGGUUAUUUAUUUAAAUUUUGGAUGGAUUACAAUAUUUACAUUCCUAGAACAUUAUCUAUAGAGAUUUAAAACCAGAAAAUAUUUUAAUUGAUUAAGAUGGAUAUCCUAAAAUAGCUGAUUUUGGACUUAGUAAAAUAGUUGACAAUUAAGAAUAAUUAAAUUAUUCUUUUUGUGGAUCCUUAGAAUAUAUGGCACCUGAAAUGAUAGAAUAAAAAGGACAUAAUUAUACUUAAGAUUAUUAUUAAUUAGGUGUUAUGCUUUAUGAGAUGAUGGCAGGCAUACCUCCAUUUUAUGCUAAGACAAGAUAAGAUAUGAUUAAGAAUAUAGUAUCAAAAUAGAUAAAUUAUCCACAUUUCUUUUCUAAAAAUUUAUAAGAUUUAAUAACAAAAUUAUGUAAUAAAGAUAAAACUAAAAGAUUAUGUGGAAAAUGUAACUUAAUUAAAUAUAAUUAGAAAUUUAUUAACAUCCUUGGUUAUAAGGACCUAUAAAAAAGAUGCCAAUAAAAUAUUAAUGUGAUCAAUUCAAUUUUGACAAAUUGUUUAUUAAUCAAAAAUGUUUAGAUAUUGAAACAGGACCUAGAUGUAUUGCUGAAGAGUUUAAUUUAUUGACCUUAUCUUAAUCAAGAGAUAUUAGGGAUGAAGAAAUGUGUCCCUUUGAAAAAUUCUCUAGUUUUUAUUACAAAUAAUGA